CUGAUGGACCAAGACAUGCAAGUGUCUGCUCUGAUAACAGACAGAAAUCGGCAGGUGGCCAAGUGGGUACGUGAGAAAAUGUGUUCAGAAGGAACAAAGCAUUUCUUUGACGUCUGGCAUAUUGGGAAAAGUGUACAGAAAGCACUGGAUGCUGCUGCAAAAGAGAGGGACUGUGAGGAUCUGAAGCUGUGGAGGCCUGCCAUUAUCAACCAUCUCUAUUGGACCGCAGCUUCCACCCCUACAGGAGAUCCAGAUGAGAUGCAGGCAAAAUGGCAGAGUAUGAUAAAUCAUGUACAGGACAUACAUGAACACAGCUCUCCAGCAUUUACCAGCUGCGCACAUCCACCGUUGGAAGGAGAGGCAAGAAACAAGGAGUGGCUGGAACCAGGAUCACCAGCAGCCACUAAACUGGAGAGUGUAGCUGCCAGGAAAGCACUGGUAAAGGAUAUUCGACAAUUGUCACCUCAGCAUCAGACAUUCUCCCUGGAGGCCUACCAUUCCCUUAUUCUGCACUUUGCUCCCAAACACACUGGCUUUUCUUUUCUUGGGAUGUACAGCAGACUUCUCUUGGCAGCCCUACAUUUCAAUAGUAAUGGCAACAGAGAUGUAGCGCGUACUAGUGAGGGUGAGGUACGCUACGCUGUUCGCUACCCACGGUUUCGGAAAGGUGGCUGGGUAGUCCACCCCAUCAAGGAGAAACCAUCUUACGGAUACGCAACAAAUCUUAUGGUCUCUCUGGUAGAGGAAUACUGCAAGUCACCACAGGCCCUACAAGAAAGCAGUGCCGUCUUGUCCUCUGCUGCACCGCCCCCCCUCACCUCUUCCGUCCAGAAGGUUGCCAAGGAUGAGGCAGUCAGCCUCCAUCUCGCACGACACUCACGUUUUAACAUGUAAUA